CAGAGACUUUUAGCAACAAACAUGGCUUUCCACAAAAGAUCAAUUAGCUUGCCUUCCAGGCCUCUCUCCAAAGUUGAAGAGGAGCUGCACAGCAUUGAGGCAUGCAUCUCUUCACCCUCCCUGACCAUCGAGGAGAUCUCUGAUGGUUUGAGGAGAAUUGGGGACAUCUACAGCUCUAUCGAGGAGAUCAUGUGCAUGCCAAGCAACCAAGUUUGCUCAUCCCAGCAAAGGAAGCUAUUGGAUGGAGAGAUGGAAUACUCCCUUGAGCUACUGGAUCUCUGCAACACUAUGAAUGAGGUCUUCACUGAACUGAAGGCCAUCAUCCAAGAUCUGCAAGUUUCUAUCAGAAAAGGAGACGAUGCAGUUGUUCAAGCCAAGAUCCAGUUAUACAUCCGCUUGGUGAAGAAGGCAAAGAAACACUCCAAGAAGACUCUGAAGAAGGUUGUCUCAGACAAGAUGAUCAAGAUGUUGGGGGAGGCUAGAGAGAUCACCACCUCUCUAUUCGAGUCAACACUGUACCUCUUGUCGAAGCAAAUUGCGAUGCCCAAAUUGUCUCUCAUCUCCAAGGCAUUCCAGAAGAAAAACUUGGUGAUUUGCAAUGAGGAGGAGUUGCAGGUGUUAGAGUGCUGCAUUGGAGAUCUUGAGGCUGGAGCAGGCCUCCUGUUCAGGAGAUUGGUCCAGAUCCGGGUUACUCUCCUGAACAUUCUUAGCUCAUAGAUACUCAAGAUCGGAAACUCUUAGGAACCUGCUAUUGGCAUCUGCCUUUUAAAGGAUUUGCUGAUCCUUCGCAUCUGUAUAUGUUAUAGGGUUAGUGUACAGAAAAAGGUUUACACAUGAAU